AUGGCCGGUCACACAUCUUCCGGCGAUCCGCUGGAGGGGGAGAGGGGCAGGAUCGGCUCCGUGUUGUCUGAAUUGGUCGGGAACUUCGUGUAUGGGGUUCUGACCUGUGUCUUCGCCAUAGGUUGGUACUCUUCUCCCUGUCUUCCUCUCGUCCAAUCAAGAACAACAACCAGAAUCGAACUUCUCGCCAUUUACUUCACACUUGAUUGGGGAACUCCGCUGACGAAGGUCGUCCUCUGUGUUCUACCGUGUCUUGCCGCAGUGGGCUCCUUCAUAGGGGCCAUCACAGGCGCCAUCAUGGGCCUCGCCACGGAGAGCGGCUUCUUCUGCGGCGCGGGAAUCGGUGCCAUAUCCGGCGCCGUCUUCUCCAUGGACGUCGUGGAGUCGUGUCUGGUCAUCUGGCGCUCCCACGGGUCGGGGAUCUGGAGUAUCCUCUUCGUGGUACGCCCGUCCUCUCUCCUCCUCUCGCCGCUGCACCAGCUCCACUAUCAUCAACAAUAAUAGUUUGUUCCGCUCAGUUCGGCAUUCACUGAAAUUCCCCAUCGUGCUGCUGUCGCAGAUCGACAUCAUCGGAAGCCUGUUCAGCGGGAGGCUGGUCCGAGAAGACGUCGGCCCGGCAGUGCAAAGCGCAGUACAAAGCCAGGUACACACCUUCGCCGCGACGGCGAGAUGGCCAGAUACAAAAACCGAAACUCCGAUUAGAUUUCCCGAGGAUCUUCCGCCAUUGACUGGGUUUGUCUCCACAGAUGAGCGCCAGGAACACGCCCUUCCGGGAGGCCACGGACAUCUUCGAGACCGGAGGGACGAAGGGCAUGGCGAGGGCCUCCGUCGAGAGGAUCUCCAAGAUCCGUCUCACCGUGGAGAACCUCGCCGAUUCCUCGGGAGAGAAGCUCUGCUGCUCGGUGUGCCUGCAGGUGAGGCGAGCUCCGGCCACCGCCGCAGCUACUACGGCCAUUAUUCUUCCACGAUGCCUCCUAACAUCGACGCGUCCGCCCUUCCUUGUAGGACCUUCAAGCUGGAGAGAUAGUGCGCUGCUUGCCCCACUGCGGGCACAUGUUCCAUCUGCCGUGCAUUGAUGACUGGCUCAUCCGGCAUGGUUCGUGCCCGUUAUGCCGUCAUGACUUGUAG